AUGUCGAGGCGUCAUGUUCAAUUUAAUGUCAAUGAACUUGCUCAAGUUGCAGCAAGGCCAGUCGGCGCGAACUGCUGGACAAAUAUCAAGAGGUGUGCCGAUGGCAUGUUCAACAAAGCAUAUAUCUUUACACUUGACGAUGGCAGGCAGGUAGUUGGCAAAGUUCCUAAUUCAAAUACCAGAGUACCUCACUCUACUGCUACUAGGGAAGUAGCAACUAUUGACUUUUGUAUGCGUGAAACUCUCAAACCAAUAUUGAUAAUACUGUUCGAGCCGAGUAUCUCAUUAUGGAAAAAUUUGAUGGAAUCAAACUCGGACUUAUUUGGCCCUCAAAGACACCAUAUAUUUGGGAGCCUCUACUAUAUAGAUGAUGUGGAUGGACCAUUUGAGCAGCCCCUCUGCGUUGAACAGCCGAGAAAUUCGCAAUCGAGCGAACUCACUCUGAUGAAGAACGGAAAUUUCUCGAGUAAAUUUGGCCGUUUGAUGAUUGAGGGCGAAGGGUAUGCGAUGGGCCACGCGAGUAGGGCGAUGGAUUCCAAGCUCCGCUGCAUUACCCAUCCACACAAUCAUCCUUGUCAUGUGAAAGGCAUGAUUUGGGACAUUCUUGACAGUGGUCCAGUCCAAGGUGGUUAA